CUGUUUUUUAUGAAUAUAGAUCAAAAUAAAGGAAUAGUAACAGUUUAAAAGUAAUAAAGUGUGUAUGAAAGUAAAAUAGUUGAGAUCAAUGCUUGCCUUCACAGGAAAAUGGCGUUGUGUGGUUAACCAAUUUAAAAACGUAAUUUCAAAUAACUCGAAAACCAGAAGAUUCCUCAGCUAAAAGUGCAUAGGAGAGGUCUUGAAAUUUCCAACGAUGUAUCCAGAGGAUAUGCCCCCGAUAGAACUUACGAAAUUGCAUUUCUCGGAGAUUAAACAAGACAUAUGUGUGCAAUUUGGCGUAAUAUCCAGCGAAAAUCAUAUAGCCUUACAAUGUUCAAAUAACCAACUCAUUAUAUUGGAUAUUUUGGAUUCAUCUGCAGUGUUAACUGACUUGCCAUACAAUUUGUACUAUGUUGAAAUACCUCAAAACCAUGUCUUUGACUCGUUGAAGAAAGCUGAUUUGAAAAAAUCGUAUAAUAAUUGCAAUUCACUAGAGCAACAACGACUGACCUUGGAUUCGGCAUAUGUAUCUCAUUUUUCUUAUGAAUCUCCAAAAACAAGUGCUUUACAAUUUAAACGGGCUCCAUGCCAUUCACCGAAAGAGCACCCGAUUGCUGUUAUUGUAACUGUAAACGGAUUGUGCCGAAUACUAAGGAAAAUGGCAGCUCCAAGUCGUCAGUGGAGUGAAAUAUGUAAUGUAAAUGAAUACCUCUCAAACGAGACACUGUCAUUGGAAUUCAAAGCUAGUAAAAGUGCAAUCGAAUGCUGUAUCACUGCAGCCGCUUGGCAUAAAACAGAACCAUUGUUGUUUGUGUCCUUCGAUAACGGCUAUGUUGCAAUUAUUAUGUUCCAUAAUGCGUAUAUUGUAAAGUUGGGACAAUUUUUCAUAACCGAAACCAAACUCGAAAAAAUAUGUGAUAUAAUUUCGUUUGAACAUUAUGUGCUAGUUAGUUGUAAAGAUGGCAUUUUGCAACUAUUUUAUUUACAUAAAUCUACAAGUAAUUUGCCUUUACUAUCACCGAUGGACGCUCUAUGGAAGAAGAGAGAUAAUAUGGCUUGCAGCAAAGUUCUUGUAAACAAGUUAACCUCCAGUACAUAUCAGGUAGUUUUUAGUAAAGGUUCUCAUAUACUAGUAUACAUGUUGAAUGCAAAAGGCAAAGUUCUUUGCUCUAAAGAAUUGUCCUUCGGGGGAAUAAAAGUUACAGAUGUACAAAAUAUUUCUUCCUCCGAAUUUAUUGUAACUACCAUUACGAGUUCUGUGCAUUAUUUUAAAGUAAAUGUCGUGGAUGACUAUGCGUUAAGAAUAACUAAAAAAAGUAUUGAAGUCGACUUGGACACUUCGAAUCUUGGUAUUCUUGCACUCGUGCCUUCAUCGAAUUGCAGCCUUUUGACAUUUAUUUUAGUACGCAGCAGCGAAUAUUCACAACAAAGCAAGUACAUGCAUAGCAGCGUAUUUGUAAACAUUUCGAAAUUGGAAAGGAUUGACAUCCUAAAGCAACUAACAAAUCCCAAUUUGGGUGCCAUGAAUCCAAAUUAUGACCUUUUAAUUGCUUUAGGAAUGGACACAUUUAGCAAUAUGAACUACGACAAGUAUAGUUCUUUUUUCGAGGUAGUAAACACUAAACUACCUGACCUUUUGGACAAUGGAUUCUUGCUUCAACUCCAGAUAAAAUUUGUAUUUAUCUCAAACUUUUUGAGUUUUCAGAGGGUUAUGCAGAAAAAAAAUAAGGAGGCUACGAUAAUCACACACGAAUUCCUUUCAAUUGCUAUACAAAUUACGCACAUAAUAUGUCGACUCAAAUACUUAUUUUCAUUGGAACCAGAAAUUCUCAGUUCAUUUCAACAAGAGUCCAUAAAUCUAUUUAUGAAGAAAUAUAUUAUAUUAAUUCGUAAAUUCAAAAGAUUUUUGACAAACAAACAUAUUUUAGAGCGUACAGGAGAAAUGUAUUUAUCUUUUUUUACGAAAUCAUACAAUGCUUUUAAAACUUAUCGGGAAUCGUGUACUCGCUGGAAUGAAAGAUGUCUCUACUGCAAAGAACCCACGAAUGCCGACACCAUGAUGUGUGACAAUAAUCAUAAAGUGAAGCGCUGUUAUGUCUCAUAUACGCAGCUGCCCAUUAUUUCUUCCCGACACUGCCCGCGUUGCCAGUAUUAUAUAUUAGAAAACAAGUAUCUACUUCAACAACUGUUUCCCGCAAAUGAAGCCCUUAUAUGUACAUUUUGUCGCUUUCUUCUGAUAAAGGAUUGUAUUUGAGUAAAAUAAAAAUUUUUAACGCACAAAA